AUGAUUACUGUACAAUGCGAACGCUUGGCACCUGGCUUUAAAUCCGAAGAUAUACCAGCUGGUCGUAGCGGACACCGAAUUGUAUGCAUUGAUGAUGAGAUAUACGUUAUUGGGGGAUAUGUUCAACUGCCUACUAGGUUGGAAGUUUUCGGGGAGAUUUGGGCCUACAAUAUUCUUGCUCAGCGUUGGCGUCGUCUGAAUCUUAAAAACUCACCUUUUCAUCUAGCCCUUUCUGCAUGUGCUCUAGCUAUUGAUAAGCGUAUUUUCAUACAUGGGGGCACUGGUAUCCCUUUUGCGCAGGAUAUUAACAAUACUAUCAUUGAAAUUGAUGUCGUGAGUGGAGAAUGCAAAGACCAUCCUUGUCUCCCAAAGGACGGUAAAGAAAUUAAUGUUCCAGAGGCCACUUAUGGACAUUCCUUGACCUACAUACGUCUUUCGGAUCAUGAAUCUCAAAUUGAUGGAGGAAUGUUAAUUAAAGUUGGAGGUGCCCGUGGAGCACCUUAUUCAAACAUUAUCAGUGCCUUUUAUUUCGCAACGCACUCUUGGGAAAGGCUUUUUGGUGGUUCCAAUGGCGAAUCUUUUGAAACUUUUGCUCCUAGCUUAAUUAGUGGUCUCUUUCGUCCAGCUAAACGCAUCCAUCCUUCAUAUCUCAUUACUAAACCCAUCCUCUUAGCUAACUUGUUUUCAGUCAUCUAUACAACCGGAGGCGUUGCAGGACCUCAUGACAUCCUAAAUGCAAAUAUUUACGCUUUCGAUUUGGAGAAGUUGACUUUCCAAAUUGUUGGAAGUCAAGAGCUUCCUACCUUCUUCCAUGAUUUGGCGGCUGUUCCCUGGCGUAAUGAAUUCUACUCAUUCGGUGGUGUUCGUGAUGAAACGCGAGUUAAUCAUCUCCAUCGUUUCCAGGUAGGAGGCGUUACACCCCCCUCCUUAAAGGAACUUUGUUGGCUUCGUUUGACAGAUCUCCUUCGUUCCUUCUACCCCCCUGAGUUGAAUUCUAGUAAUCUUUGGAAUUUCAUUCGUACUGCUGCUGCACCUCUUCUUGGUCUCUCGAAUGCCUCCCCCUCUUCAUCUUAUGAGCGAUCUGAAAUAGGUGACGCAACAUCUAACAUGGCUGUGACUUCUGUUCAGGGUGUUUUGGCUUUCACCAAAUCGAUUCUUUCGUACUUGCUUGGAAAGAGUAAAUAUGUGGAGAAAACAGCUAAACUCUCGCCAAUGCAGGUGGCGUCAUCUCAAGCAGAUGUCGCCUUCGAUUGCAUGAUGUCUGCGACCAAAGCCAUCAUCAACUCUAUUGAGGUUGAGCGAAAAGUAGAUACUGUGGAAUGCGUCACGAUUUUCCUAGUGGUACUUUUUUACUGUAACGGCGCGCCGCUGAAGUGCCUUGAGCGUUUGCCCUACGGAGUGGCCUCCUUAAAGGUUGUAAGUCGGUACAUGGAGAAGGUUUUCACCGAUGCUUCCUCUGAAGAUGAAGAUUCGGAUGAAAUCUCAGCACGGCCUCACAAAAGGAUGCUUUUCGCUCCUGCCUAA